UAGUGGAGUGGAGAAUCAACUGACUGAUCACCAGACAUCUGGUAAUAUUUUACCUUUUUGCCCUCGGAGAAAUUGCAUCCUCACGCUGAUAUUAUAGGUCGUACCGUACACCAACACCACCAAGUAUUAUAAUAUUACCCCAUUCCAUUCACUACAUUCGUCUCCAGAUUCUCGACUGGUGCUUAGUUUGUUUCGUCUCGCUCAAUCGAGUUUGAAACGUCAACGACUCAGACCGAGUCAGAUAACCCGACUCACUAUAUUUAGAGAAAGACGGGGACGGAGAGAGUCAGACAAUCUCAUACUCUGACGCUGUCCUGGUCUUUCCGGCCAUUGAAAGAACUCUCGUGAUUUUUUUUCUUCUUCAGUGAAAAUGAGCUCAGUCGUACAGGGUUUCACUAAGUCACUCGCCAUGACUGUGCUCUCAGAGAUCGGCGACAAGACUUUCUUCGCCGCCGCCAUCCUAGCUAUGCGCCACCCAAGGAGGCUUGUUUUGACUGGUUGCCUUUCGGCUUUAGUUGUCAUGACUAUUCUUUCUGCUGUCGUUGGCUGGGCUGCUCCCAAUCUGAUCUCUCGUAAGUUGACUCAUCAUGUAACAACAUUGUUGUUUUUUGGUUUUGGCCUGUGGUCUUUAUGGGAUGCCUUCACUGGAGAAGGAGAAGCUGAAGAUUUGGCAGAAGUUGAAGCGAAAUUGGAUGCUGAUUUUAAGUCCAAUUCAGGAACCGCCAAGACUAAUAGUAAGGAUGUUGACGAAAAGAAAAAACAGAAACGACCUUUUCUCACACAAUUCUUUUCACCAAUUCUUUUGAAGGCAUUUUCCAUUACUUUCUUUGGUGAAUGGGGUGACAAGAGUCAGCUAGCUACAAUUGGUUUAGCUGCAGACGAAAACCCAAUUGGUGUUGUACUUGGUGGAAUUUUAGGACAAGCAUUAUGUACCACUGCUGCUGUCCUAGGUGGAAAGAGUUUAGCAUCUCAGAUAUCUGAGAAAAUAGUUGCUCUAUCUGGUGGGGUUCUUUUCAUUGUUUUUGGCUUACAAUCAUUCCUAUCAACAAUGGACUCAUGAUCCUGCAAAUGGUUAGUUUGUGUUCUCUAGUGUCUUUUCAAGGUAGCAUCUUAAAGGAUACAAUUCUUGGAGUCUGAAAAUUCAUGCACUUCUCAUUGAGAUUCAAUUAUUAGUGGGUGGAGUAUCACUGUUGAGUGUUGA